AUGGUUAAAUUGUGUGUUCUUUAGAAGUGGUUAAUACUAAAACGCCAGGAUUUCUUCUCACACCUUCAACAACAUGAAAUUUAGUGUAUUCAUCAUAAGAUGUUAAAAUAAUCCUAAAUUUUGAAGGUUGAAAUUUUAAUUAUUGAAAUGUUGCAUGUGUUGUAGUUUGAGUUCAGUUUAUUUGUACCAAUAACCCUAUUAGCAACUCUUCAAAAUGAUAACUUAGAACCAAUUCUGUAGCCUGAAAAUUGGCAACCAUAAGCAUUUUAGCCUUUGAUUAUAAAAUUGAAUAACACCAAUCCUUUCAAUAAUCAAAAUAGCAAUUUCAAAAAUUUAGCUAACCCUAUGAAUAGUUAAUUUAUUGAAAUAAUCAUAAUAAUAAUAAUUUAUAAAAUUUAACGUGUACUUUAUAAUAGUUUAAAAAACAAAACUAAAAUGUAAAUUUGA